AUGGCCUCCUCCUCGCCCGAAGAGCUCCUCAAGACCGCCGAGAAGCGCGCUCAGUCCACGGGAGGCUUCUUCAGUUUCGGCUCCUCGUCCACCAAGCUCGAGGAAGCCGCAGAGUUGUACAAGGCCGCUGCCAACAAGUUUCGCGCAGCCAACCGUUUCGACGAUGCCGGUCAUGCUUUCAUGAAGGCUGCAGAGACGGAGAUCAAAGCGGGAGAGACCGACUAUGCGGCCAAUACCUUCUUUGAGGCUAGCAAGUGCUUCAAGAUGACCAGACCGGAGCUCGCCGUCACCUCUCUCACUCGCUGCAGACAGAUACUUAUCGAAAAGGGACGUUUUCGCCAAGCAGCAGACAGGGAGAAGGGCAUCGCCGAGCUAUACAAAAAUGAGGCACACGACCCGGAGAAGGCCCUGCAGAGCUACGAGCAGGCAGCAGAAUGGUAUAUUCAGGAGGGAGCCGCCGCCACGGCCUCCGGAUGCUAUCGUGAAGCGGCGCAGCUUGCAACAGACGUAGGCGACUACAAGCGUGCAAUCGAACGAUGGGAGCAGGUCGCACAGAUGAGCCUCGACUCGAAUCUGACGAGGUACUCGGUCAAGGACUAUUACCUGAAUGCGGGGCUCUGCUAUCUGGCGCUGCCGGAUUACGUGGCAUGCGGGAAUGCCAUGGGCUUCUACGCCCAACAGGACCCAUCCUUUCCCACCACCAUGGAGGGACGCUUCCUCCACUCCGUCCUCGAGUCGUGUGAGCAAGGCGACGUCAAUGUCUUUGAUGAGCGCGUACAAGACUAUGAUCGAACAAAGAGGCUGGUUGGCUGGCAGGCGAGCCUGCUCAGGAAUGUGAGGAAGGGGAUCAUGGAGGAGCCUGACCUUAGCUAG